UAUUGAGGCUUAAUAAACAAGAUGGGAAUUGAAGAAAUUUGAUUUGAAUCUUUUGAGGGGCUUCUGGUCCCCUUCAAAAGUGUAUACAAGUUCAUUAAACAUCUCGGUAGUGGCAGCUUCGGAGAUGUUUACGAAGUAGUCCGACUAUCUUCAGGUCUGAGAAUGGCUUUAAAGAUCGUAAAUAAAGAUUCCAGCAGUAGCGAUAAGACCUCAUUGCUGAAGCAUGAAGCCAAAAUUUUGGAGGAGUGCGAACAUCCAAAUAUCGUCAGAUUUUAUUACCUCGACGAAUACGUAAAUUACCUUGUCAUGGCAAUGGAAUUGUGAGAGCUUGGAUCAGUGAAGCAAUAUAUGAACAGCCUGCCAGAUCGAAGUAAAGUUGAAGACCUGACCGCAAGCACGAUCACAAAAGGUAUUCUUAGCGGUCUUGAAUAUCUCCAUGAGCGGAAUAUUUUCCACAGAGAUUUAAAACCUGAUAAUGUCUUACUCUCAGGCAACAAUAAGUCUUUAGUUGCCAAAAUAUGAGACUUUGGGCUAGCCAAAAAGUUAGAUCCAGGCAUGGAUGGGCUAGUCUCUGAGCUCUGAGGGACUCUCUUGUAUAAAGCUCCAGAACAAUUGCUUGGAAAGUUCUAUUCAAAGGGUGUUGAUAUCUGGGCAACUGGAUUCAUCAUGUUUGAGAUGCUAAACAGGCAAAGACCAAUAAAAGAUAGCACUAAGAUGAAAAACACUGACUACAUUGACUUGUUUAAAAAUGGAGAAGACAAAAUUUUUAAUAUUCCUCCUGAAUUUGAGAAAACAAUCGCUUGUGAUUUCUUCAAGAGGACAUGCAGUUUUCAUCAAGGAAAAAGAUACAAAGCAAUUCGGGCACUAAAGCACCCAUGGAUCACCAGAAAUAAGAACGAUAAGAUUCCUAAAAGUUUUUAUGAAGAAAUGAUUCGAGAUUAUGAACUAGAGGAGCUCUUUAAGAACACUCAGCGACUACUAUUCACUCUUUCUAUCAUGGAUAGGAAAAAGAAAAGUGAUCCUAAUUAUGUUCAGAAAAUUAAGAAUAUAAAUAUUGAAACGGUCGGUGAAAAUCAAGCCUGAGAAAAUCCUUCCGAAGAAUCUGGAAAUUUAAAAAUGGGCUCAAAGGUAGACUCCAAGAAAUUAUCGAAUUCUUCUAUUCUAACCGAAUCUGAUAUGACCAAAGUCUCAUCAAAUGAUCAACAGAAGCACUCAAAAGUCAACAUCAGAAUAUCUUCCAAAUAAGCUGAAAUCUAAGAGAGCAAAGACCGGAGUCAGAAAAUCUGCAGCUAAGAGAUUUGUCCGUGUCAAAAGAUCUAAGCCAAGACAGCCAACAAAGGCUCAAGGGAGUAUGACGAAGCUCGGUGAAAAUGCUCCCCAAAUGUUUCAGCUAAAUGCGGUCCCUCUAAACUCAGGAGAAAGUAUAAGGAAGAAGAAUAUCUAUGCUCAGGUUCCUUCAACUCUUAAAACCCACAGUAGAAUCCCAAGGGUUACUUCCUUCAAGAUGCAAGAUAGAGUAAACAAACUAGAAGUGAAUAUCAACCGGAGCUUUGAAAAAGAAGAGAAACUUCAGAGAAGAGUUUUGCCAGAAAUUGACUCUAAAUAAGACACUAAAAUCACCCAAAAGCAGACUGUCGAAGGACUAUUUGCCAAAGUUCCGUAGAGAAAGAGCAAUGCUAAAUCCUUCAACUAUGAACAACUCAAUAAGAGAGAGUUCAAUUCGUCAGAAGAUGAACAAAUCUUCAUCCAAAAAGCCCAAGAAAAUGCCAAAAAUCAGAAGAAGAAAAUUACUGAAGUCAAAUGACAGCUUUGUAGAAUACGCUGACAAAGAAGUUACCAAGAUCAUAAUGUCCAAUAAAUCUACACUUGAGAAUACCAGGAGAAAGGAACAGGAAAUCAUAAACUUUUAUAACAAAAAUAGCAAAACUUCAUACCAAGCUAAGAAACGUUUGUACCAAAAUACUCCCUUAAAACCUGGAGAUUUAGGAAAUUAUAAGAUUGGAGAUAACAAAAUCUCUUUGUUCAAGUACAUCAAAGAUAACGAUUUGUUCAAAUCUGCCUUCCAGUUCCAUGAAGAAAAGUCUAGUAGGAACUUAGAAGGCAUGAAACAUGCUAGCUCAGCCAAAAAGAAGCCUCUAGCUUCCUUCCAAGAGUGCUUAUAAGCGAUAUGU